CUGCUCCAGCAUGGUCUCUCAGUGAACGCGCAGACAAUGGUCGGAGACACGCCACUGAUGAUGGCUGUGAUGGGAGGCCACCGUGAGACAGUAGAGCAUCUCAUCGAGAAUGCAGCUGAUGUGAACAUGCUCAACGGCGACAAGGAGUCGGCUCUGCACAAGGCCGUGUCGGAGAGCACGCAGAACAUCGUCCGGGUCCUGUGCGCAGCGGGAGCAAGCCUGGCGGUCAAGAACAGGGACGGGCUGACGCCAGUCCAGCUCGCCGAUGAGAAGGGAGACACACAGGUGACAGCCCAGCUCGCCGCGAGGCGCUUGCGGGAGCCGUUGACGCGGCCGAGCAGAUCAUCGAUAUUCUGUCCCGCCAUGCCGGCAGGGCCAAGUCCACCGUCUCUGCCGAGGGAUCCUUCGGCUACGAGAGGUGGCAAACUCGCCCAGCAGCUCCCGCAGGUCUGCGAGCUGAGAAGCAGAGAAGCUGGCGCAUGGAUGUUGACAAGUGCUCCAGAAGCCCCAGCGGAUGUCGAGAAGCCCAAGGAGGAGGAGGAGGAGGCAGCAGCCUCGGAGCAUGCAGGUAAGAGGCACAAGGGAGCUGAGGAGAGAGUGAUGUGCUUGGGUAGGAGGGGAAAUGAAGAAGGGCGAUGGAGCACAAUCCAGUGA